CUCAGGUUCAUCACCUGUCCGCAGUCUCCUAUGGCAGGCGUGACGGUCCCAUAUGGAUACAACCCGAAUAAUCCAAACGAACCGACAACGCUUCAAGGCAUCAGCUUGAUCUCAUCUUGCAACUCUGACUGCAACUGUCCCCUGGAUAAGUACAAGCCUGUCUGCGGACCGGACGGCGUCACCUACUUCUCGGGCUGCCACGCAGGGUGCACCGAGGAACAGAUCAUCCGGGGGCCCGGCAGAUUCAGCUUCUCGAAUUUCUCGAACUGUGGAUGUAUGUGGACGCAAGGUAUGCCGGGAACCUCUGUCCCGGGUAGACAAAAACGAGAUGCCAACGACUCAACAACUACCUCGUCCAACCCCACAACACGACAAGACGGUAUAGCAGAUACUUCCACCAUGUAUAAUCCACAACCAACAGAUGCCAUGGAGGAAGACAAUACGAAUGGUGGAGCCAUGAACUUCGCGAUAUCAAAGCCGUGUCGACCACCUUGUGGGAAGUGGCCGGUCUUUGUCGGCAUCUUCUUUAUAACAGCCUUGACGAGAUCGUUUGGAUUCAUUCCGGUGAUCAUAGGGACACUCCGAGCUCUGACGCCUGAAACCAAGUCUUUCGGAUUCGGUGUCCAACAGCUGAUGUUGAGGCUUCUUGGUUUUAUCCCGUCUCCUGUGUAUUUCGGCGCCAUGAUCGACGCGACCUGCACGCUGUGGUCCUCCGUCUGCGGCAAACGAGGCUCCUGCCUCCUCUACGACCUUCCGCUGAACCGUUACGUCUUCAUCGGCGGACAACUCGUUCUCCGUGUGAUGAGCCUUAUCCUGGUACUCUGCGCUGCCUACCGAUUCAAGAAGCAAGAAGAAAAAGAAGCGAAUGAGCCGCCAAAGAAAGAUGGCGUUACACUGGGAGAGCUUGCCGUGUCCAUGGGGUCACUCACCGCAUCCCAUCAUUCCCUGCGGGCUUCCCGGCAUUCCCUGAACGCUUCCCGGCAUUCCCUGGACGUGAUUGGUGACACGGACAAGCCCAUGAUGCCGAGGGACACUGAAGACAUGCGCACGGGACUGUGGAAGAAACACCAUGACGACCAUCAUAUCUGAGUUUGCUCAAGUGGUAAGCACUUCAGUUUUCAAGCGUGGAACGCAAGGCUUGUUGUUGUGUCUUUGACUUGUGCAAAAUGAAAGAAAAAUGCAACAGCAUCCUGUAUGUUAAACCAAUAUCCAUGACCCAUGUCAAAAGCAUUAAGGAAUCUUGUAAUACGAUAUUAAAGCCUUUAAUUAUGAUGGAUGGUCUUUACGUAGGGCCUAUCUCUUAUUUUGUGGCACGCAAGGACGGUUGUAGUGUCUUUGACUUCUGCAACAUGAAGGAAAAAUGCAACAGCAUCCAGUAUGUAAGAGCAAUAUCCAGGUCAAAGCAAUAAGGAAUCUUGCGAAAAUAUUUCUAUCAGGUUGGUAGAUCAUAGGACAUAAGAGUUUUCUUUUGGCGAAAGCGCCAUUGACAUCGGCUACAAAUAGCGGCGAGAAGCAGAAGCCAGAACUCCUGUUAGAAGCUGAGGAAGAUGUCUGACAGACAUCAAAACGUCAGCAGGUGAGAAGAACUGGUUGUGUAAAAGAAAACGCUUAUGUCCAAUAAGGAAUCUUGUAAUACGAUUAUUAUAAUACGAUAAGCCUUUGAUAAUAAAUGGUCUGUACGUAGGGCCUAUCUUUUCUUUUACACAGAUAAUGGAUGAAUAACUUUUCUAUAUGGGUGUAAUAAACAGAUCUGAGCACAUUUCUUUGUGUGUCGAACUUGGUCUAGAAAAAUUACCCGAGAAGUAGAAAAUGUACAAUAUUUCUAUGCUUUAUUAAUAGAUUCCAGCCUUAAAUGACCUAACCAAGAGUAAGUGAAAACACUUUUAUUAUGUUGAAUAAUGACAGGUCUUCAAAAUUUUCGGAUGAAGUUAUUUAAAAAUACAGAAAAGUUGUAUUCAAUAUGUACAUGGUGUAGGUAAGACAUAGCGGAUCUAGCAUGAAUUAUUUGGGUCCAAACGAUGUGAAAGAAAAAGAUGCAUCAUAGAAUUUGAAUAUUAUAACGUUUUUCUUUAAACAUGUUAUUGUUCUACUUCGUAUAAACAAAAACAAGGUGCAUAUAUUUGCUAUGUAACGGAAGGACGUUAUGUAAAUCAGACGAUAUGACAUAUCGGUCGGUAUGUUUGUUCAUAUGUGGGUCUAUACUUACAAAAUGAUACACAAAUAAACCCUUAGAGUUAUACUGUUAUAACUUUUAUGUACACAUGUAUAUUAUAAUAUCCGAGAAAUUUAUCGGUCUAUGCAAAACACUAUUUUGUGAAACUUCUCUCUAUGGUGAAAUAAAAUACAACAAAAUGCA